UUCACGCAACUUUUGACGAGAGAUCCAAAUCUUGACCGUUCUCAAUUUGUGGCACAUUUCGCUCGUAAAAUUGGAGAAGCGCUCGAGCGAUCAGUGGCUAUGGCGCAUAUCUCUCAAAAAUAAAUAAAAGGCUUGGCUGUAGAAAAUGUCGGAGGUGUGACAAAUGGACUCGGGCCGGCUGACGGAUUCCACAUUGCAGACGCAAGCGACGAGAAGCAGCAGACGAGGCAAGCUCAGGAGCUCAUCGUCGCCUUCUCAGGUGAUCCGGCGGUGCUUGGUCAAGCUCAGGAAGUUGUCAAGCUCGUGGAGGUGGAAGCUAAUGAGGCGGAUGGAUUGGCUGCUAACGCCGCGCAGGAAGUCGCAGUUCCGGCGAUGGGGAGGGCCAUCGCCAAUGCUGGCGAGCGAGCUGUCCAUGGAAUCCAUGGCGACGAGCUACGAGCAUCUAUCGAGCUCGCAAGUGAGCAGGAUGUGGAGGGAGGCCGACACGAUCGAGGUGCCGGUGUCGAGAUUUACGAGGCAGAGGUUUUUCGCGAGGCUGAUUGAGUUUUGCCAGUCGAGAGGGAGCAGUAGUGGCAGCAGCAGUGGCAGCGGGAGUUUUAGCUCCAGCUCGGGAGAUUUGAGCAGCGUGAGCCUGGAGGAGUCGCCCAGCAAGAGGAAGAAAUGGUGGCGCAUGGAUACGGAGAAAAGAUGGCCCGUGCAGGGCUGGUGCUGAUCAAAUGCUUGGAUCAACUUGGCAGCCUUUUGCUAAAUUUGCCAAGAGAAUAAAUGCAACAGUUGGGCAUUUUACAAAACUGAUUUGCAUAAUUUCAUGCUUUUGUAAAUGGUUUAAUUUUU